UGUUUAAUCUCUAGAUCUAGGAACAGUGACAGGAGAUGUAUAGGAUAGGAAUCCGUGUGUAGUAAACGUUUCCCCAUAAUCGCGGUUGAAUGACCAAUCAGAGCGAGCGAGUAACAAUGCAGGAUGUCCUCUUUCAAUAGCCGACACUCCGGAAGUGAUUGUCUAAGGGGGUAGAGAGCCGUUACCCUGAGUAACGAUUAGAUAUACCCCGAAUCCUCGUUUUGAAGUUCUGGAACGGGGUCGCCGUAGGGGGCACCGAUAUUCGACUGUCCCGACGGAAAACAGAAUCGACGCAGACGCGCGAGACAAGCCAUACUUGUUCGGUGACGAUGAGUGCGUUCUAUUAUUGAGAAACGGAUCCCGUCCCCAGUGUUUACAAUCUUCCUCGACGAACCUCGAGCCAGUGUUGUUAUGAUCUCGGAUCGUUCUAGACAUCUGUGAACGUUGAACAGUGAUCGUAUGAUCCUAGCGAUCACGUAAUUCGGGAUUUCGUUCGUGACAUAAUAUAUGAAAGUCCGGGCGUAAGUAGAUAGUACUUGGUUGCAAUUUCACUUGGCCUGGCUGGUUUGUCACUUCGAAACUUGUCCCUCGUUGCGAAAAUGGCGAGUCGUACGAAUCAGCAAUGUUCGCACGGUGAUUCUGUAUGUUUCUUCACGGAUGACAAGAAACGAGCCGUUCUCCUGUUCUAACGCGGAAGAAGUUUAUCGGGGCCAAGCGAGGAAAAAAUUUCGGACGGGUCAAAGAUGGAUGCAACAAUUGAGAGAGAGUGCAGUGCACUGGGUGGCCUCUUUCAGCAGAUUAUAACUGACAUGAAGAAUGGAACUCCACUAUGGGAAGAUUUAAUCUCGAAAGCAACAAAAUUACAUUCGUGUUUAAGAGCUGCUAUUUUAGCUAUUUCUGCAUAUCUUGAAACUUUUCAAAAAAUUGCUGAUGCUGCGACUAAUGCUAGAGGCGCGACAAAAGAAAUUGGAACUGCUUUAACGCGGAUUUGUCUUCGACAUAAAGCGGUAGAAACUCGUAUGAAGUCGUUCACCAGCGCUAUCAUGGAUUGCUUGGUGUUACCUCUUCAAGAAAAAUUGGAAGAUUGGAGAAAGUCUUUAAUAAAUUUAGAUAAGGAGCAUGCCAAAGAAUACAAAAAAGCAAAAGCAGAGUUAAGAAAACGAUCUACCGAUACGUUGCGUUUACAAAAGAAGAAGGCGCGUAAGGGUCAAUUACAAGCGCAGUCGCAAGGACAUGCAGCGUCAGGAGAUAUCGAAUUAACUCGAAUGUUAGAAUCUUCAGCUGCCGUUGUUCAAGAGAAACGUUUAAGUUUGGAAGAGACAGAAAGGAAGGCCGUUCGCGCGGCUUUGCUGGAAGAGAGAGGAAGAUACUGUCUCCUUGCCAGAUUUUUGAAACCAGUGCUCGACGAAGAAAUUGCGAUGUUAAUGGAGUUGACACACCUGCAAGAAGUCUCUGAUCAAUUGCAACGACACGCAGCUUCUCCGCAUCACUUGCCACCGGCAUCGGAACAAGUGAUAACCGACAUAAAAGGUUGCGACGUAACACAGUGGUCUCUCGCUACUCCACCCUCGAGCCCUUCCUUAUCGCUUGGAUCUAGGAAAAGUUCAAUGUGUUCAAUCAGUUCUUUAACAAGUAGCAGCAGCGGUUCUUGCAAAAGCCACCCGAGUCCAUCCGGACAUCCUUGGCACAGAUCACUUUCGCAGCCUGUCGGUGUCAGGCCCUCCAGCAUCAGCGGUUUGAUGACGCUGCGCCACUUGGUAAAUGGUAGUUCCCGCGACUCAGGCUUCACCUCCCAGGACACGUUGUACACUCAACCGAUCUCCGAGCAUCAGGUAUCGAAUGUCUUCUCUCAAACUAAUAAAAAUACUGGUACCACAACAAGACCCGUAACUACUGCUACUUGGCCUGACUUACAGGAAACAUCGGUACAAUUCGACAGGCAAAAUCAGAACGCUGUCAACGAACGGCCCCACACGAUCUCCUCUGCUUAUGAGAAAGGCCAUCAAAGACCAGCACUCAGUGUCUACACAUUCCAAGCUCCGGAUAAUAGUGGCUGUUGUCAUAGUCAACCCGCUUCUCCAGUUUCUUCUUCCUCGUCAUGUUCUUCCUCCAAUCAACAAGCGUCCAGAGUACAAUUGCGUAGAAAUAAUGGUAGUAAUCGUCCUCCUAUACCGAACAGAUGUUCCAGUCUAGAACGUCCGUCGGUUCCGGUUAAAAAUGAACCUCCUGGAAGUCCUCGAGGAAAACCGAAAUUACCGUUGCCAGCGCAUUUAGCCAAAGAAUUGGCAACUCAUCAACUUCAGCAGCCGAUGUAUGUUAAUAUGCACGAAUUAGCGAGUCUGGCUGCGAGCCGCGCUCAGGAGAUGCAGUUACCGUUACCACCGCCUCCUGCGUCGCUCUCGGUGCCUGGAACCGAAAAGACCGAAGUUACGGAGAAAGACGGUGGGAGUCAGACAUCGGAAUCGAGCGUCGAAUCCAGCAGCGGAUAUGGAAGUCAGACAACUUUACCGCAUUCACAUUCGCUUCAUAAUCAGAGCGAGAACGCUUGGAACGUACCUGGUGCUGCGUCCACUUUGACGGUUCGCAGGGGAUCGAUGCAGCAAGCGAACAAACCUCCACCGCCGACAAGGCGAACGUCGACUAUUAUAACUGCCACAUUCACUACUCCUUCGUCGGGGCCCAACGAUGAACGUGCUGACACUACUUGCGACGAAACAGAAAAUCUUCCACCACCGCCGGCAUUUCUGUUGGAAGGUUCCUCACCGACAGCCAGUCCUACUCCUCAACGAUCUAUCUCUGUGUCGGAGACAGUAAGGACCCUUACAGAAUUGCGACACACGCCUGCUAGCCCUUCUCUUCUGCGGAAGGCUACGGGCCAGGCACAAACGCAUAAUUCUUCCGCUACGCUGCCGCAUAAUACUGUGCUCCAAGUAACUCGAUCCUCCGUAGAACGCUCUUGCGCGGCCAUUCGUUCGGCUUCUCAAGAACGUAGCUCGAACACCACGCAAGUGACCACCGUUAGUACGGGUGUAAAUAUUCAAGGCCAAGGCCCUGGAGGCGUCGGUCAGAGCUUCAUGGCGGUGCUCAGCGCGAAGUUGAUCAACAGUACAGGUAACAACGCCACGAGUGGCAACAAUACAAGUAGUAGCCCGAAAUCAGUUAGAAAGCAUUCGAUCGAUCAACAGUCAAGUAAGAAUACUAAAACAUCGUCGGGUUUUCUUGAAACGUUGAACGCCAAAUUGGCGCAGCAGCAGCAAACGUUGCAAGGUAAUAAUACAACGAGUAGAUCCGCGAGCGUCAGACGUAUAAUGGGCAAUCGCGUGCCCAUCAUGGAUCCCUUGCAAGUCAGGGAUUCCCUGAUGGAUCAAAUACGAAAAGGUACCUCACUGAGGAAGACGAGUGGUCCCAUCAACGAUCGUUCGGCACCGAAAAUUUAUUGAGUAUUAUAAUACUGAUGUUUGUGCAAGUUCCUCUGCAAUCUUCGAUGCGUUUAACUUGCUUCCGUUCGCAUUGAACGUAGCGAUGCAUCGUCGAGUUUGAAGAAUACAUUUACGUGCGUCACUAGACAAGGUGGUCGUGCAUCAUGCGUACCUUUACGAACGUACAUUCAUUAAUUCAUAAUCAGUUGGACUGACUUUGCGCUAAAGUCAUAUUGAAUCGCAAAGUGAAGUCAUUACACGAAUCUAUUAAUACUAGGAUUAGUUCGAUUAAAAUGAUUUAGAAAAGGCAAGCUCUAUAUUAAAUCCAUCCUUAAUAUGUAUAUUUUAAUGCGUGUGUUAUAAUAUACGGAUAUAAUAUAAAUGAAUUCGGGUCGUGAAGAUAACGUAACUUAUCUUAAUUGUUUAAUUAGAGAGAGCCCGGUCGUAUAUAUUACAUUAUAUAUUACAUUCUUACGCGUAAUUAAUAAUUAACGAGUAUAAGAUUUGAAUAAUAUAUUUAUAAACUAAAAUAGUAUAUUUAUAUAUUAUUUUAAUUCCGACUAAAUUAAGUUGAUACUAAUGCCCGAUACUUGCCAGUAACACAGGGCACCUGACUGAUUUAACGAUACCUUAGCAACGGUUUAGUAAAGAAAAGAGAUAUCGAAUCUGCAUAUAUAAUUUAAUAUAGAGCUCGUUUUUAAUAUAUUAUCGUUUCAUCUAAGAAUUCAGUUUUACUUCUAUUACCUGUCUUUCAUUUUUCACGUACGAAACGCACAAGCACAAUUAUCGUCAUUCGCAUUCUCGUGCUCCAUUUCAGUAUCGUGUUCCAGUACAGGUUCUAAUAGUAGCAUCUCUGUCAACCAAUUUAAUACUAUUUGGUAUGACAAAAUUUGAACGUAAAUGUGUAUGAGUAUUAAUGCCCAGGUGGAACUUCAUUUUAGAGUUGGUUUUUAUAUCGCCCCAAUUAUUCCAUAGAGAUCUGUCUAUCUUGGAUUAUCCGAUACGUCAGUCUAUAAUAAUAUUGUGUCGCACGGAUUCAGUAUUACUAUAUAUUAUUAGCGUCUCUUCUUUUUGUUCAAGAAAGAUCCGUAAAUCGAAAUGUUUUACAUCGAUUUAGGAUACAUCGCGUGUUUUAGAUUACAUCAUUUCUCUUUUUAUACUGAUUAAUCUAUAGUCUUUAUUUUUUCAGUGUAAGAACGUAUCCAUACAUUACCGUUUUGCAUAUUGAUAAUACAUAUCAGAGUUUUCGUAUCACUGUGUUUUUCGACAUUAGAUUAAGCGUUGUACGAUACUGUUUUAUAAUGUAGGCGAGCUAGGGGAGGAGGGUAUUGUGCAUUUAUUAAUUGCUCGAGCAUCUACUGCCAAUGAAAAAGAGCCAACGUUUCGUUCUGCCUGGGCAAUACUGUUCCCGAUAUAGGUGAAUAUUAAACGUAAAUGUGUAUCUCAGAUCGGUGGGAAAACACAAGUUAGAUUUUUGACGAACGUACAUCUUAAUAAUUACAUCUCGAAUAAUUGCAAAUUACGAUCGCGAUGUAACAGAAUACUACUAUCGACCGCAGUUUUAUCCCAUUCCUUUGAACAGAUCGUUGUGCAUAGGAUUCUUAAGAUAUCCGCCGCGUGCGAACAGAAUCCAACAAAUGUCGAUUUCAAUGAAUAUCUUAAUAAUAAUUUAUGAAACGACGCCGACUGAACUGAAAACGCUACUGCCAAUUUACAGACGUUCAACUAACGUUCCUUUCAUUCCUGGCGCAUUUUCUUUUAGUGUGAUUAAAGUCUAAUAGCAGUUUAUUUACUUUGAGCAAGCAUUUUACCGUUUAUAGGCGUGGUUAAAAAUAGAUGACAUACUUGCAGUGAUAACACGAUUUGAUAUUUAAUGCUGAAAAGAACAAUACAGACUUCUCAUAGUAUAUUAACGCAAAUAAAAGAUUAUGAUUAUUAUAGUAGAUUCUGCUGAAACGUGUUUCAACUCGAUCAGCAUUAAAUGACAAACGCUCUUAGUAUGAUAAUAACUAAUUAAAAAAAAAGCCGUAAUGAGAUAAUAGAUAAUCGUAAAAUCUGCUGUAAUAAAAUAUUUAAUAUGUAGCAAAAGUUCAAGAGAUGAUUGUUAAUUUGUAAUAAUUAUUUCAGUAGCAGACCAGAUGCAAAGAUAAUAAAUAAAAGUGUAACAAAAACCGAUAAUUCGCUUUUCUGCGUGUUCACAUGUCGAUAUAUAAAUAUAAAAAAUGCAUAUAUAUAUUUAUGACAAGUAACUUAUCAAUUUAUUGUAUCGAGAACUUUAUUUACAGUUUGAUAGAAAAAGGAAGCUUGUCGUUCCCUGGAUACUAAUUGCAAUAAUACACGCCUCUGCGCGCGAGCUACGCGUCAGCUUAUCCCAUGGUUAUUUAUACAUAUAUAAACUGGUUAACAUACUUGUAGA